GGCGGGGAGAAAACAUGGAGGACUCCACUGGCAGUAAUCCUCAAUAUCCCGGUUUCACAGACAAGUUAAAGUCGUGGCUCUCGUGGUCGUGGACCUACGUGUGCUUCGUGUGGUUCGGCAUGGUGCUCAUCAUGAUUUACGUGCUGUGGAGUCCACUCAAACUGCACGAGAGCCUCACUUCGGCGUCGCUGUUUUUGAAUACUCUGACCCCCAAGUUCUACGUGGCUCUCACUGGGACCUCUUCCCUCAUCUCUGGACUUAUCCUUAUAUUUGAGUGGUGGUACUUCCGGAAGUACGGCACAUCCUUCAUCGAGCAGGUCUCCGUGAGCCACCUGCGCCCCCUCCUCGGCGGAGUGGAGAGCGGCUCCGCCACUGGCCUUUUCUCGUCCGUCAACGGGGAGGCAGAGCCGAGGCCCAGCGUGUCGGAGUGUAAAGUCUGGAGAAAUCCUUUGAACCUGUUCCGAGGAGCAGAAUACAACAGAUACACAUGGGUGACGGGAAAAGAACCGCUGACGUACUACGACAUGAACUUGUCUGCUCAAGACCAUCAGACCUUUUUCAUCGGCGACACCCAGCAGCUGAGGCCCGAGGAUUCGGUCAUGCAGAAGGCCUGGAGGGAGCGAAAUCCUCAAGCCAGAAUCAGAGCCGCUUACCAGGCCAUCGAGUUGAACCACGAAUGUGCGGCAGCCUACGUGCUCCUCGCCGAGGAAGAAGCCACAACAAUUACGGAAGCUGAGCGCCUCUUUAAAAAAGCUUUAACCAUCGCAGGCAAAGACAUCAACCUGCUGGUUUACAUUAAGCGCAGGCUGGCCAUGUGCGCCCGGAAGCUCGGACGUAUCAAAGAAGCUGUGAAAAUGAUGAGAGACUUAAUGAAGGAGUUCCCGUUGUUAGGGAUGUUAAAUAUACAUGAAAAUCUCCUGGAGGCGCUCCUCGAGCUGCAGGCUUACGCCGACGUCCAGGCUGUCCUCGCCAAAUACGACGAUAUCAGCCUCCCGAAAUCGGCCACCAUAUGCUACACGUCCGCCCUGCUGAAAGCGCGGGCCGUGUCGGAUAAGUUCUCCCCAGAGGCGGCGUCGCGGCGGGGGCUCAGCACCGCCGAGAUGAACGCCGUGGAGGCCAUUCACAGAGCCGUGGAGUUCAACCCACACGUGCCCAAGUACUUAUUAGAGAUGAAGAGCCUAAUCCUCCCGCCGGAGCACAUCCUGAAGAGGGGCGACAGCGAGGCGGUGGCAUACGCGUUCUUCCACUUGCAGCACUGGAAGCGGGCCGAAGGUGCCUUAAACCUUCUCCACUGCACAUGGGAGGGCACAUUUCGGAUAAUUCCAUACCCACUGGAGAAGGGUCACCUGUUUUAUCCUUACCCAGGAUGCACAGAAACAGCAGAUCGGGAGCUGCUACCAUCCUUCCACGAGGUGUCGGUGUACCCAAAGAAAGAGCUUCCUUUCUUCAUCCUCUUCACCGCGGGCCUUUGCUCCUUCACCGCCAUGCUGGCCAUGCUCACGCAUCAGUUCCCCGAGCUCAUGGGCGUCUUCGCCAAAGCAGUUUCGUUGCGGCACUCAGCUUCCCCUCCCUUUCCAGUUCUUCAGCACACUGUUCGCGCCACUGGGCUUCUUUGCGGACAAGAUGGAAAGCUUCAUGCCGUCCAGUUUUUGGCACCAACUGACUCGGAUCUGACCCCAAGACACACGCACACGCACACACACACUGGGAAAAACAAAGUUGCUCUCCUGUCCUCAGCAUUACUGUCUACUUGCUGCUCUGUGACUGAUUACGUUGGCCCGAGUCGUAUCAACACAGCAGACAGUACCACUCUUAAGACACUCGCUCUUCCAGCUGCCUGCAGCGUGUCCAAAAAGUCCACAUUUUAUUUGUCACGAGGGGAAGACGAGAUGGUGCGCACCAUUUUCGAGCUGGUACGAGAACAAAUUGUCAUACACGUUGCGUGUGUUUUUUUUUUGGCCAAAAAUGGCCGUCAUCUGUUUGGCACAGCACUUCCGGCGUAUUCAAUGUGUGUAAGAAUCGUAGAAUAUUAAUCAUAAAAUCACAAAAACAGCAGAUACAUCCCAAUAUUCAUGUAACCGCAGAAGUAAGAGCAGUAUUUUUCCGCAUUAAUGAUCAGAAAUACAAAAUUGCCGUAUUUCAUUCAUGGGCAGGGUGGCAAUUUUUUUUUUUGCCACAAUCAAGGAAAUAACCCCAAGUUAUAUGAUAACUUUACUAAUUUAUUAUCUCGUCCCAAAAAUCUCAACUGCUAACUUUGACCGAUGAGUUAUCCUCUCCUGAUACCAAAUUAUGGCUACAGAUGAAAACACUUCAAUAUUUUGAUAUACUGAAGGAUUUAAUGCGUGAAAAUCGUGAUGUCCCAAAAAUACGACGCUGCCCACGAACGGGUUAUUGACCCAUGUCAUCCACAAAGACAAAUAAAGGCCCCGCAAUGAGGAAAAACGAUGGGUUGUAACUGGAGUGAUCUCGGUCGCACACUGAUAUUGAACCGUGAGCAGCAUUUGAACUCUCUUGCUAGCCAAAACCGCAGCCCCUGGCAAAACUUGCUAACUGUGUCUCAGAUUGCUUCAAGUGUGAAGUCGUGCCACAUGAAUAAAUCCAAUGUUGCGUCACAAUUUUUACGCUUAUCCUCAGAAUGGCUAAUUUAGAGUUUGAAUCGUUAUUGUUCUCGUGAUGCUCGAUCGCUCCGUAAUAGUCCAAUUUUAUUUUGGUUUCAAUUCCCGUUUGAAUAAAUAGUAACACUGCAAUAUUAUUGCAAAAAAACGAAACAUUUAUGCAAAUGACUGGCCCAUCUGCUGUUGAGUAAAACAUACAAUAUUCUCUUUUGACUUCUUUUUUUAAUCCACUUCAUGUAACUUUUAUUGUUGGACUGUAAUAGUCACAAAAUUGGAUUUUUAACAGAUAAAUGACUUCCACUAAAAGACAACCCCUUUCUGCAGUUGAGUAAAUACAGUAAUCAAUUUUUAUUUUGUUUUAAAUGCGCAUUAAUAUACAUUCAAAUAUUGUGUAUAUUUCUAUAAAUCCACUCCAAUAGACAAGUCCUCAAUCUGCAUUGGAGUAAAGUGUUUGUGCCAAACGUAUCUUUUGUAAUCACGGCCAAAAACGUUCAACCAUGGUUUCAUCGGACCGUAACACGUUUUCCUUCCCAUCCCAUCCCAUUUUCUGAGCCACUCAUCCUCACGAGGGUCACGGUAGCGCUGGAGUCAGUCAUAAGGCAGCAGGCGGGGUACACCCCGAACUGGUUGCCAGCCAAUCGCAGGGCACACGGAGACAGACGACAGUUGCACUCCCAAUUCUAUUUCCCUACGUUUAAGAAACGUUGCCAUGGUUUGAUGAAAUGAAGGUUGAGAAGAGUUCUGACUCAACUGAUCCGUAACGUGCCACGUUCUAAAUUGUGCCCAAAGCUUCCCCUUUUGCGAUGCCGCAUUACCUUACAAAAAUCACAUUUUUCAACAACAAUGACGACAUUUGCAGGUUGUAAUAGGCACCAGGCAUCCACGAUCACGCAGUAACCUGCUACAAUUUCAUAACUAAUUGAAGUGCCUUUUUUUUUUGUCCCAUCCGUCAACAACUGAGCUUCGCAUUGACUCUGAUAAACGACCUCCCCCCCCCCCCCAAAAAAAAAAAAGACAGAAAGAAAAGGGCCCGUGUGACGACGCUUACUUAUGAAAUACGACACAGCAGAAAUGUAAAAGUACGUGCUGAAGGCAGGAGACCCUUCUCAUGUUUGAAAAGCGCUUGAAACAAAACUUGCAAUAAAAUGACUCCUGCGAA